AUGUCUCUCACAGGCGUGAGAGGCACCUCCCGUGUCUUGCGUAGCAUUGCGAAGCCAGUAGCCAUAUCAACAACAUGCACUCGCCCAGCUUCUUCAUUAGCCGUCGAGGAUCAGCAGCAGGCUCUCUCAGCUCACCUGAACAAAGCUGACCCCGCUGUCUUUGACAUUAUCGAGAAGGAGAAGAAUCGCCAGAAACACUUCAUAAAUCUGAUCCCUUCCGAGAAUUUCACCUCACAGGCUGUACUGGAUGCUCUGGGCAGUGUGAUGCAAAACAAAUACUCAGAAGGGUACCCAGGCGCCCGAUAUUACGGCGGUAACGAAUUCAUCGAUCAAUCCGAAAGACUUUGUCAACAACGCGCUCUGGAAUCAUUCGGCCUCGAUCCGAAACAAUGGGGGGUGAACGUUCAAGCUCUGUCUGGCGCGCCUGCCAAUCUCUACGUUUAUUCCGCUUUGCUCAAUACACACGACCGGCUAAUGGGUCUGGACCUACCACAUGGUGGCCAUUUAUCGCACGGGUACCAAACACCGACCAAGAAGAUCUCUGCCAUUUCAAAGUACUUCGAAACUCUACCAUACCGGUUGAAUGAAACGACUGGAUACAUUGAUUAUGAAAAACUGGAUGAGUUGGCGAGCGUAUACAGACCAAAGAUUAUCGUUGCUGGCGCAAGUGCAUACAGUCGACUUAUUGACUAUCAGCGUAUGCGAGAGAUCUGUGACAAGGUCAACGCCUACCUUCUUGCCGAUAUCGCUCACAUUUCUGGUCUAGUUGCAGCCAAAGUCAUUCCUGGACCUUUCGCACAUGCAGAUGUUGUAACUACUACAAGCCAUAAAAGUUUACGAGGACCCCGAGGUGCCAUGAUCUUUUACAGAAAGGGCAUUCGAAGACAACACCCAAAAACGAAGGAGGAUAUCCUGUACGACCUCGAAGGUCCAAUCAACAAUUCCGUCUUUCCCGGUCACCAAGGCGGUCCUCACAACCACACAAUUACAGCCCUCGCCGUGGCUCUCAAGCAGGCCCAAACUCCUGAGUUCCAAGCAUAUCAGUCUCAAGUGCUAAAGAAUGCAAAGGCAUUCGCGAAACGGUUGAGUGAACCCAAGGGCAAAGGCGGCUUGGGUUACAAACUUGUUAGUGGGGGGACAGACAACCACUUGGUCCUCGCCGACCUGAAACCACACAGCAUCGAUGGUGGUCGAGUAGAACGCGUGCUGGAACUAGUUGGCGUCGCAGCCAACAAAAACACAGUCCCUGGAGAUCGUUCUGCUUUGGUUCCUGGCGGUCUUCGCAUGGGUACACCCGCCAUGACCACGCGUGGCUUUAACGAGGACGAUUUCGUCCGCGUUGCUGAUGUUGUUGAUCGUGCUGUCACUAUCGCCUCUCGCAUUGACAAGGCCGCCCGGAAGGCGGCGGAGGAGAAGGGCGAUAAGAGUCCUGGUAAGAUAAAGGUUUUUCUAGAGCAUCUCGGCGAUGGUGAGACACAAUCCGAAAUCGUUCAGCUGCGAAGCGAGGUCGAGGAUUGGGUAGGCACAUACCCUGUACCAUGGAACACGUCACAAUAA